GUUUAGAAAAUUGCUUUUUAACAGCAGUAACUUGUCUACUUCACUUUCUUUGGUUUUCUGUUCAUUUAGCAUACGUAAUAACUAAUAUUUCAGAUUAAAUAAUAAUUACGUAUGUUUCUUGCAAUUUUUAAGAAAUUAAUCUUUAUAAGUUUCAUAUGUUUUUAUUACUCUGUAUAAAAAGCAAUUUUGAGUGAAUUCUUAUGCCAUUUCUUGGUAUUCAUUUCCAAGUUAAGAUUUUCAAGAAGACAAAAUUAAAAAACGGGUGCAUAAUUUUACAAGAAAGGAGAGGUCUAGGAGUCCGUUUCUUUGCUUAAAGAUAAUUGAAAAGAAGGAAAGAUCCUAAAAAAGCGAAUAUGACACUUCUUCAUCUCGCCACCGGAUCAGGCCAAUCAGAUGUCGUUAAAGAUUUAAUCGAAGCGGGAAUUGACGUAAAUGAGCCUGAUGAGCAUGGAGCCCGACCCAUUCAUCUAGCUUCAAUGUUUGGUUUUGAGGAAGUUCUUAAAACCUUACUGGAUAAUGGUGCUAUGUAUAACUGCACUGAUAAAUAUAAUAACACUCCACUGAAUCUCGCUGUCACAGAAAAUAUAAAAGCAUUACUUAAAAGUAUGAAGAACUUUUUUUUAUCUGUCAAAAGCAACGAUGUUUCAAGUGUAAGGUCAUUAAUUGAGAAAAGUGUUAACGUUAACGCCAAAGAUGCUACAAAUGCUUCACCAUUGCAUUAUGCUGCCUGGAAAGGAAACUUAGAAAUAGCAAAGCUUUUGAUUAAAAAUGGUGCGCAUCCCGAUUCAAUCGGGAAAAAUGACUACACAGCUCUUCAUUAUGCUUCAAAGUUCAACAAUUAUGAAAUAGUAAAACUGCUGUUAGAGAAUGGUGCAAUAUACAAUAGUUUAUCAACAAAUAAAAAGGUCCCUCUUGAACUUGCUGAAGACAAAAAUGUUAUUGAUUUAUUAAAAUUAAUCGAUUCUUCUUUUGAAAAUGUGCAAAGUUCUAAUUUUGAUGAUGUUUUGCUAGUUCUUGAAAAACUUCGUGGCGCAACUACCAUGAAAGCUAUAGCAAAAGCGAAAAACAGAGAAAAGAAAACAAUAAUAAAUUUUGCUAUCGGCAGUAAUUUUCCUAAAUUGCGGCAAUUGUAUCGGAUCAUUUUUGAUGAUAGUGGUACGCAUGUUUACAAGACUAGAAAAUGUGUCACUAAUGAAGACUAUGAUAAAGCUUUAAACAAACAAAUAUUUCUACAUGAGAAAUUAUCGCAAAUAAAAGGUUUUGAUAAUGCUAUCACUUUAGAAGCUGAAGAUAGAAUACCACUAAUCCUCUAUGAACAACAAAAACUCCAGAAAGCAUUAGAAGUUUGUCAAAAUAUUUUACAAAAAAGAAUUAAGAUUUUUGGAUCAGAUAACAAAUACUCCCUACGAAUGCAAGCGUUUUUGGCUCAAGUUUUACAUAAACUAGGACAAAGCUCAAAGGCGAUCGAGAUUUUCCAAGAGGUAUACAAAAAGCAACUUGAAUUAUUGGGUUCAGAUAAUUUAGAAGUUCUGUCUACUUUAUCUAAUAUGGCCGGAGCUUUUUGUAAUCUAGCUAGACAUGAAGAAGCUCUGGAGGCUGAUGAGACUGUUUUUAAAAUGUACCUUAAACUAUUUGGUCCAAAGGAUUCCAGAACUUUAAUUGCGCACGGUAAUGUUGGACGAUCUUUAAAGCAAGUAUGCAAACUCGAUGAAGCUAUUUCAGUCUUUAAGUUUGUUCAUGAGGAAAUGAAAGAAGUAUUAGGUCCAUUUCAUGCAGAAACUCAGGACGUACUUGGCAAUUUACAUGCUGUAUUGCAUAUCAAAAACUUCUCGCAUGAUGCUUUGGAAGGAUUAAGAGAAGUUUUUAAAAUACAAAAAAAUAACUUAGGCUCACACCAUGAUCUAACGUUGAAUGCAGAAAAAUAUUUGUGUGAGGCAUUAUUUCUCGAAAAGAAAUUCAAUGAAGUUCUGAAUAUUUUAGAAGAGAGUGUUAUAGAACGAAAAUCUUUCUUCGGAGAUAAUCAUCAAUUUUUUCAUUUCGCAGAAAAAAUGAUAAAUGCUUCGAAGUUUAGUUUAUUGAUGGGAGGAUUACAAGGUUUCCCUUUUAUGAGUGCAAAUAAUUAUUUCCAUUCUCAAGGAUAUUUUUAGUACGUUUAAAAAUUUUAUUUUUCUAUUCAUAAUAUUUUACUAUAACAUAUGAAUGAAUGAUAAUAAAAUUUAAAUAUGAUUUAUUCAACACACCUAUACCCAGUUUUUCUGAUGAAAAGCCAGUUUCAAAUUAUAGCAAUGUUGACAAUACAAAUGUAACUUUCUUUUUUUAAAGAUUAAAGCAAUGAGAUAUGUUCA